AUGUCCAAUCUUUCGCUCUACACGACCACGGCAGUGAUCCUACUCGAUUCGGAUGGCCAUCGUUUGAUUGCAAAAUACUUUGAUCCCCCUCACAUCGGAGGCCCUUCAGCCAGUAACAACGACACCAAUAAGAAGAACCCCUCCUCCCAUGGGCUUACUCAGCUGGGUUUCUCUGGCUUCGGCUCGCAACUUCGAACUCUCAAAGACCAGCGAGCUUUUGAGCAUACCAUCUGGGAUAAAACACGGAAAUCAGCCGGUGACAUACUGUUGAUCCAAAAUCAUCUAGUGCUUUAUAAAUCGAUUAUCGACAUUACCGCCUAUGUGAUCGGCCAAGAAGGAGAGAAUGAGUUGAUGCUACAGACUUUACUGAACUCAUUCUUCGAUACUCUGUCGCUGUUGCUCAGAAAUCAAGUUGAGAAAAGAGCGGUGCUUGAGAACCUCGACCUUGUCAGUCUUUGCUUGGAUGAAAUGGUCGAUGACGGGAUCAUCCUUGAAACCGAUUCCGUGGCCAUCGCAUCGAGAGUUUCAAGACCCAAGGCUGACGUCGGAGUGGGUGUCAAUCUGUCGGAUAUCACUAUCAACGAGCAAACGAUUAUGCAAGCGUUUUCUAACCUACGCGAUAAAGCCGCUCAAAAGCUUCUGCAAGGCUCCCUAUAG